UGCACAGUGGAGCAUGUAUUAGCAGCUCUUGAUGGACUAAUCAAGACGACAAGAGAAAGGUUCGGUAUGAUGGAUCAUGAAUCUGAAGGAAGAAAGAGUUUUACACCAAAGGGUGUUUCAUCGGAAGCAAGAAGAAGCUUUACAAGAUCUGCUUCUUAUUCAGAAAGUAACAACUCUUUUUACCCGUCUCCAUUAACACCAAGAUCAGUACUUCCGGGGACAAUGCUAAUGUCUAGUAACUCAACAUCUCCAAGUCUUUGGAACUUGAGAGCUCAAGCUUUGGAUAGGUUAAGCCCUGUUGAUUUGAAGCGGUUUGCUAUGCAGAUCUUGUCACAAAGAGAUUCAGAGAGUGUUAAUGAUAUGAAGAUUAGUAUCGAAGAAGAAAACGAAGAGAGUGAUACAUCAUUAGUAGAAAAAGAAGAGGAAGAAGAAGAGGAAGAAGAAGAAGAUAAUGAUUCCUCUGUUUUCGAAACAGAGAAGCAUGAUAUUGAAACAGAGGAUCAUAGGGAAGGAUCUGGACCAGAUCAUGAGACUGAAGCAGAGAAUGAGAUUGAAGAACAUAACCUCAUCGAUGGUUCUGACACAGAGCCUGAGAUUGAAACAGAGCAUCAUCUUGUAGGUUUUGAAACAGAGGACCAUAGUGAAACCACAACUUCAGAGAGUAACUCAAUAGACUAUUCUCAAAAAGAAGAAGAAUCAGUGCCUCGAUCGCCUCCACCUCCGCCACUUCCAUCACCGCAAUCGCCGUCACCGAUGGCUUCAAUGUUAAACAACAAAUCUACUCUUCUCUCACAACCACCACCCCCACCUCCAUCACCACAGUCUGAACUCAAAGCUCCGGCUCCUCCACCGCCACCACCUACGUCAAAAUCAUCUGAAAGUGGAGCUUUUUGUCAAUUUCCGAGACAACAAUCAAUGCCGGCACCUCCAGCACCACCAGGUAUCGUAAGAUCUUUGCGUUCUAAGAAAGCAACUAGCAAAUUGAGAAGAUCAGCACAAAUAGCAAAUCUGUAUUGGGUUCUCAAAGGGAAGCUUGAAGGCCGAGGUGUUGAAGGGAAAACAGGAAAAGCAAGUAAAGGGCAAAAGAAUGUUCCAGAGAAAUCUCCUGUUAAAGGUGCACGAUCAGGAAUGGCCGAUGCACUUGCAGAGAUGACAAAGAGGUCGAGUUAUUUCCAGCAAAUCGAAGAAGAUGUUCAGAAAUACGCUAAAUCAAUCGAAGAACUGAAAUCUUCAAUACAAAGUUUCCGGACAAAAGACAUGAAAGAAUUGCUUGAAUUUCAUAGCAAAGUGGAAUCUGUUCUUGAGAAACUAACUGAUGAAACUCAAGUUCUUGCGAGGUUUGAAGGCUUCCCUGAAAAGAAACUAGAAGCAAUAAGAACAGCAGGUGCCUUGUACAAGAAGUUAGAUGGGAUUUUAGUUGAGCUCAAGAACUGGAAGAUUGAACCUCCAUUAAACGAUCUUCUAGACAAGAUAGAACGUUACUUCAACAAAUUUAAAGGAGAGAUUGAAACGGUUGAGCGAACAAAAGACGAAGACGCUAAAAUGUUUCAGAGAUACAACAUUAACAUCGAUUUCGAAGUUCUUGUUCAAGUCAAAGAAACUAUGGUUGAUGUUUCAUCAAAUUGUAUGGAGUUAGCACUAAAGGAGAGGAGAGAAGCAAACGAGGAAGCAAAGAAUAGUGAAGAAAGCAAGAUGAAUAAUAUGAAGGCAGAGAGAGCUAAGAGGAUGUGGAGGGCAUUUCAGUUUGCUUUCAAAGUUUAUACAUUUGCAGGAGGUCACGAUGAACGAGCAGAUUGUUUAACAAGACAACUUGCACAUGAGAUUCAGACAGAUCCUGACCAAACCGAUUCAUCGAACAUGUCUUGAAAACCAAAGAAAAAAAAAAGCUUCAUCAAUCAUCAUUUGUU